AUGAUCGGUGUGCAAGAUCGACAAUAUAAUUUGUAUACUCGUAAAAGUAGCGAAAAGACGUCAUAUUGCAUCAGUAAUUUGAGAGGAGCAUCCAACUCUGCAUUUCUUCAUGCAUGCAUGAUAGGAUUUUCCGAAGAAGAAAACGAUUCAGAUUCGUGGCAAACAUUAGAAGAUACGGCCAGUUUCUCCGGUAUACCGGUGGUCGUGUUCGCGAUUAUUGGUGCAAUCGUACUGGUUGUAGCCAUUCUGUGCAUCCUGGGUGUUGUUCGACGACAACUAUCAUCAGCGCGUACCGUUACAAAUCUUUGA